CAGCAUGAUGCCCAAUGAACAGAUACAGCACAAUACUCGGCUUUUAAGUGAACUGUAGAAGCAGUUACCAGCACAAAAAACUCACCUAUUUUAUAGUCGGCGUCACACUAGCAGUUUUUGCGUUAACUCCAUAUUUUCUGUCGUUUUUCAGUUUUUAUCUUUCCUCGGGAGUAUCACUCACACGAAGAUUAAUGUCCCCUUCCCGCCUGAAUGCUCCCGCCAUCCACUGUGGUCAAAUCUAGAUCCAUGCUCGAUAAUGAAGAUCGUAAUAUAAAAUAAAAUAUCAAGGUACUUAAAACUAAAUGUAAUUGUAAAAUACUUAAUAUCACAUUUUUAAUAAAUAACUUAAGUGUACAUUUUUAAUUUAUGUUAUUCCUAAAUACAUCUGAUGUUUAUUUACAUUAGGAGCGCACGUAGAAUGACGUGCGCUAGUUCUAUACGUGUGCGCGCAUAAAAAUUACAAUCCUUAGGAUAAAUAAUUAAUGCAAGAAGAUGACGCUAAGUGCUAGUGUGACGCUACCUUAUUGUGUAACCUGGCUACCUGGGAGGGUCUCUAAGUACUAUUAACGGUUAACCUAGCAAAGGAUUUUCAGUUAAAACACUAGUACAUAAUGAUAAUAAUUAUAAGACUCGUAUCAGCAGUGUGAUUUGUAGAAAAACAGUAUUACAAUGGUUGGUAUAAGGAUCUAACAGGCUACAGUUUAAGUGAUUCAUGGUAGAUUGUACAAGCUACAGAGCAAAGGAGGAAUGCUACUCUUGCCCAGGUGAGAUGACGGGGCUGGCAGGUAGAAAUGCUCUCUGAGUGGCCAGUAAACAAGGUUCUCACCUGGCCUCGUGGCGUAGUUCUGUAAUAACAAAGAAACUUAGAAAUGUAACACCCACAAAUGUUCCCGAGGAGCCGUAUUUUAGUUAGGGAAUUAUCUGAGGCUGGAACAUUUCCGGGCCUUUGUAUUUAGUAUUGUAAUACACUAAGACGUAUCCCGCCCUACCCGGCUCUGUUUCUUCUCGAUUACUCCUCCCGAGCAAUUUUUUUGUUUGGACACAGUUGUCUUAUUUCUUUUUACAAAUAAUGCCACGAACAGUUGCCCAGCCGAUGGCUAGUAUAGUGAAGAAUAUUUUAAAGAAGGUUGGUGGACGAGAGGUCUGUGAAGAUGAAGGUGUCAAUUAAAUAGCAGGAUGAUAAGUUAUCUCCGCUUCUGAGAGAUAAACGGGAGCCCUUGAGGUGGGAGGUGGCGCUGGCUAGUACACGUUAACACUGUCUCACACUCGACUGUGCGACGAAAAAAUUAUUUCACUACACUUAACUACUAUUAUCUAGCCUAACCAAAUGGCUCAACCUAACCAAAUUUAACCUAACUUAACCUAACCCCCCCUCCAAUCUAACUUCCCCAAGAAGCAUGUGAAUUAAUUUUGUUUUGAUGGUAAGAUUCUGUCCACGUGCCCUCAGAGCCCUUACUCAAAAGGUAAAUAUCAGUUAUUAGUUAAAAAGUCUAUGGUAGGUAUUAUCAUAACCUUGCCACUCAUCAGAAACAGGGGGUGACGUUGGUGAACAUGGACGAGGAUUCAAAAUGUGCUUUUAAAAUGUUGGUUUGUGACGUUACCACAUAAACAAAGCAGAAAAGAAGACUGGAGAGAGAGGGGGUGGUUUUUUUCGUGUGGGAAGAAAACAAGGAGUUAAUAUAAUAGUAACGGGAUUACAAGGGGUUAAGGGGGAGAAUGAUGUUGGGGGCAGUGCGGACUGAGAGACGGAGGCACAAGCGGGUGGCAGGUAAUUUUUGUACUUUCUUUUUAUCGAGAGUUUUCCGUACCUCUCCUUUUGUAGGUAAGGCCAUUAACCAAAAAAUAAAGUGGCACGAGGAGUGUACAACAUUUACCCGUAGUGGUUGUUGGAAAACCUUAUAAUAUGGAGGGAAGGGGAGGAUAAGCAUAAACAAGAGAUGGAGGCUGCCGGCGGAGGGUAUCCGCCAGAAAAGUAUGAUCUUUAGAACUUAGACGGUGUUUUCUGGCUAUUUCAUAAUUGAACCCGCCACUGGAGGGGACAUAAGAAAUGAAGAAAACGGGGCGGGAAUUGGAAGCGCCACGCAGUGAGGAGAGAGGAGUGGUGGAGCUGGACUCUCCGCCAGGCACUCCCAGUGACCAGAUGAUCCUCAGCACACCUGGAGUAUCACAGAUGGCGGAGAAGCAACACACGGGCGGCGGGGUGCUCAAGACGUCCUCCUCGGGGGUCCUCAAGAGGUCCUCCUCGGUAGAGAUCCUCACCGGGAUUACCCCCAUCCAUGGCCGCAUGACCUCGCCAGUCAACAUGAGCAGCUGUCAACUGUCGUACCCAAUGAUCAACCGGCCACAAGGAAGACCUCCCCCUGCCGCAGCCCCCAGUAACACCAGCGUGAGACCCCCUCCCUCCUCCCUCCCACCCUCAGGCACCCCUGCUGCAGCCCCCAGCAACACCAGCUUGAGACCCCCUCCCUCCUCCCACCCACCCUCAGGCACCCCUGCUGCAGCCCCAAGCAACACCAGCGCACCCCUCAUGCACCUCCUCCUCCCACCCACCCUCAGAGCACCCCUGCUGCAGCCCCCAGCAACACCAGCUUGA